GUACCAUCAGUACAACCCUCUGCCGCAAGAACGGCAGACAGAAAAGAUGAAUUCGCCAAUAUUUUAGCGUGCCAUAAUUAUGGUUGGCUUAUCUUCUCGCGCUACGCCUCGACCUAAUUAUGUCAUGGGUUGAGCGCCACCCCUUAUGGGAGACUUUCAAAAUACUUUGCCUUGACCUGUUAUGAGAUCCGCACAAGAAGGAAGAAUCUUCAGAUGCUAAAGUUUGCGACAAGAGCACUUUUUUGACUCGAACGGGAGGUCGAUGCACUCCAGUUCGGCAGUCAGAGAUUGCAAAUUCUUAAGAGAUGCUUCGGCUAAACUCGCGCAAUUAUUGCAAUUGUAAUGUUGCUCGAGUUCUAGAGAACCGAAGUUGUUCUAAUUGCACCUCUACUGAGGGUUCUAGGACUUCGACUCGGUCACUUUUACCCUGAUCGUGGAGGAAGCAGGAGUGGUCGAAGGACCGUUUUGGAAUCGUUUGAGUUAGAUCUCGCGGCUAGUGGUAGAAUUAGGAGUAGGGUAGUGGCGAACCAGAUUGAAACCCUGAAACUCCAGGUGGCAACCGGCAUCAUCCGUAGCAGAGCGACCACUCCAACCGACAACCCAGCGCUUCUGGACUCCAUCAAGGGGUCAAAGUUCCGGGGUGAACCCCCAAGCAGCUCGUCCGUCAACAUACGAGCUGGGCGGCGUCCGUCAACACACGCCGCGGUCGAACCCUCGACCACCAACCGACCGAACCGGGACGGCCUCGUGGAGGCCUAGGUACACCACCAAGUUCCCGCGCGCAUCCGCGCCGUCGUCGCAACCGACGCUAUCAUCGCAGCAUCCUAGCUGCACACCUGUGCGCCCCCGCACACCGGAAGUGAUGCUGAGCACCCGUCGUUAGUGCCAACCCGUCUGCUGUUAGCCGCCGGCGGAACCAUCUCGCCGUAGCCGAAGCUGUAAGCGCGCCACCACCUGAUCGCCGGAUCGCCAACCAACACGUAAAACCAUGGUCGUGUAAGUACUUUUUCCCCCGACAUGCGCAUGAUCGAUCGUUGGCCAGUUCUUUUUCCGCCAACCCCGUGGGCAACAUAAGCCACCCCCAUGUUAUGUUGCGUGAUCGCAAGCCCCCAGUGAAUGAAUUAUAGCGAUCCCAAAUGAAUUUCGCCCCCCAAGCCAACGCACACCCUAGCCAAGCAGUGCACUGCAAAUGAACAGGUAGAGAGACAGAAAAACUCGAGUGGUACCGAGGUACCGUGUAGGACUAGCAUGCUGAAGAUCUGUGGAUCGAAUCUCGUAGGGCCCGAAGUAUUUUUUUGUAUUGAAUAAAUUAUGCGAACCUGAAUAUACGUUUUUUUGAGUUUCUGGAGUAAUUUUGUGGUUUUUUCUAAUGUUUUCUGAGGCAUCUUUUCACGACUUUCGCGGUAGUUUUCUGUUUGGUUCCGCCAUUCUGGCUUCUGAAGCGUUCUGGGGAAAUUUGAUUGGGGAGAUUUUCUACCUGUGAUGAUAAGAACGGGGCAAGUACAAUCUUUUGUUUUCUAGAUCUGAAGUAUUUUUUUUAGUUUGCGAUCUUUUUCUUCCGUUUGUAGCGCCUCGGCUAACCGCCGAGUUCUCGGAUGAGUCGGAUCGUUCUCAAUCGCAAAUUUUGGCAUCAAGGAUACACCCGCCCUGUGGCAGGGUCUCAUAGCUGGGCAAAGCAGCACAUGAUGAAUGGUCUCCCUUUGGGAGUGGCGCUUAAGCCAUUCGUUUAAUUACGCCAAUGCGAUCCGACCGACCGCCUCCGGUUACAUUUGGCGCCCAACAAGAUUUGGCACGUAAAUUUUCUUAAGCGAAUUGAUUUUUUCUGAACAUUUUUCUUUUGAUUGAUUUUUUUUUGAGUUCUCGCAAUUUGAUGAACUUUUGCGUAAAUUUUUUCUUGUAAAUAAUUUGUAGUUUUAGAUUUUUCUGAAGUUUUUGAGGCAAAUUUAUUUGGUUUCAUUAAUUCUUCCCCUUUUUUGUAGUUUUAAUAAUUUUGUAGCUUUAGAAAUUUGUAGAUUUUAAGAUUUUUUUUUUGCUGCUUCAUUCCAUUUAAAUAAUAAUAUUUUCAAAAUGGCUCGGCUUCCAUGUGCAGAAUAUUUGAAUGCAGAGCAAGUUGAUUAUGAGCUAGGGAUCCGCAACCAACUGACACCGGAGACUGACGCUCUUGAUUUGGUAGGCAAACAAACACUUUUGAGAACACUGUUCAAAAAAGACGUUAAAAACUGGCAAAAUUACCAUUCCCACUACAUGAUUGGUCAAGAAAUUGACGGAAUUAAGAAACAUGUCGCGUUGAUGUACAGUGCGUUGCUCAAAACUGGUCGAACCCCAAAAAUUGAGGCUCGGUUGUUGCAUUACUGGUUCCGAACGAAACGUUGUAUAGCUAUGUCUGAGGAGGAGAAGGCUCAAAGGAGAGAGAUGGUAAGGGAACUAGAGGGGAUUAUGAGAAAAUUUGAAAUUGAACCACCUUCGCCGGCUCAGGGACAGCUCAAACUUUGGUUGAAUCCUGGCCUUAAUCCAGAUCCAGGGAAUGAGGAUGGCGCAGACGGUAACCCCGCCGGCGGUUCAGGAACACCCGGAAACGGUACUACAGCACCGGGAAGCGGAUACGGUACACCACUUACGCCGGGAAACAACAACACCGGUGGCAAGGGAGGUAACGGUGGAGAAACCGGAAAUGAAGAGGUAGACAUGGACAGACGCCUUGCGCAUCUGGAACGGAUGUUGUCCGGAUUGACCGUAACGGUCACGGGUAUGGCCGAGCAGCAAAAAUCUCAGCUAAACCAAUCUCAAGGCAGCAACGGAAAUGCCCUCGGGAAUCCAACCGGGUCGAUUCCGAAGGAGAAACCGAGAUUGCGAGUCCGCCGCAGCGGUUUGUUUUCCCCGGUCGCAAUCACAGACUCGAGUGAUGACGACGACUUUGAAUCGAGGAAACGUCACAAGGACACGGCAAAAGAUUCUUAUCAACGUGGGCAAGCAGGCAAGAACCGAAGGGACGAUGACGAUCUGUCCUCGCUUCUCAGUUACGGUUCGCGUGGGCGGAGACGACACGCUGAGCGGUUGGAUGACCGGGAUCUGCUGUACCGGAUUGAGAAGUGGAGGUUGCGGUUCUCAGGGGACAACAGGUCCAUGAGCAUCGAAGAUUUUCUGUAUAAAUUGGACACAAUUUCCAGACGCGAGGGAAUUUCUCAAGAACAGAUCUUCCGACACGCUCACAUGUUUCUUGAUGGGACAGCCUCUGAUUGGUUCUUCACGUUUGUCGAUGAGAUGGACAAUUGGGAGACAUUCGAGAAGCUGGUCAGGAUUCGAUUUGGGAAUCCAAACCAGGAACAAGGUAUUCGGAGCAGAAUCCAAGGGCGGAAACAACACCGGAACGAGAAGUUCAUCGAGUUUGCUACGGACAUCGAAAGGCUCAACAAGCAGUUGUCAAAGCCGCUUUCUACUCAUAGCAGGGUUUUGUAA